CACGUCGCCUCUCGCUAACAUGUUUACAAAGCUACCACUACGAACUUUCAAGUGCACACUUCCGUGUCUGUCCUAGGCCUAGUCUGUCCCCCUCAUGCAUGAAUAAAACCAGCCUGUCCAAGCCGGAGGCAGCUGUUGUGGGUGCGAGACAAACACCGCACCUUCCCCUCCUUCCUCCUCUGUCCACACCAAGAAGAGAUCUGGAAGAGGAGGACGAGGAAGAGUAGGAGGCCAAUUGCACCUGAACUUCUCUGCCCCCUUAUCUUCUCUAUCUCUUGCUUUGCUUGCUUCGAGUUGUCAGGGCGCCGGCCAUGGCCACCAUCCUGGAGAACAUCCAGAAGGCGAGGUUCCUGCCGACCAGGCCGCUCAAGGACGAGCUGCCCACCUUCCAGAGCGGCGUUGGCAAGGAGAGCCACCUGAUGGGCCUGAGGAAGAGGCUGUCCUCCUUCUCCGGCAAGAUCCAGCCCAUCUCCUCCGCGUCGGCCGAGUGGGCGUUCCGGCGGUCCAAGUCGGCGCCUUCGCUCGGCGCUGCGUUCGCCGCCGGUGGCUCACUGAGGGGGUGGUGGGAGUGGGGCGUCGGCUGGCUCAUGUCCAAGAAGCCCGGCUUGGCCGGCGACCUCGAGAUGAACGAGGAGGCCGCGGCCAUCGGCCGCCAGAGCAGGGGCAGCUGGGGCCACAUCCUCUACAAGGUGCGCUCCAGCGUCCGGCGGCUCGUCAUGUCGGCGCACUCGCUGCCGACGACGCAGAAACAGUCCCUGCCGUCGGCGGUGCAGAAGGUCCAGUGCAAGCCGGCGGCGUUCGCCUACACGCAGAGGCAGAGCUUCCACCAUAACGGCCACACCAUGGCGCACUAAGAACAUCGCAGUUGCAGAUGUUCUUUCACAAUCAGAAACAACGAGGUGACUGGUCUCCAUGAGAUCCAAAUGGAGAUGAUGCGAGGUUCAAGAAGAAGAUUCAGGUUCCAGGUGCGUGAGAUCGAUGAAGAUAUUGCAAUACGAUUAUAAGUGGGAAAUAGCUCGGUGAAUUGAUGAAUGAAAUGUAGUUUUAUUGUUCUGUUCUUGUAGAUCUAGCGUCCCUGUAGAGGUGAAGUGUGCGCACGUUCUUUAUAUUCUUUUUGGUUCGUUUGACGAUGUAAAUGUAAAAUGUUUGGUUGAUUCGUAAUGGUUUUUGCCAUCCUGCAGUAAAUAAAACCAAUGCAAAUUGUGCU